AUGGGCAAUUCGGAACCGCAGCCCAUCUCAAAAACACAAGCGAUGACACUGAAAGACCCAGGCGUACAGGGGCGAAUAUGGAUCUGCACGGUAUCCUCGCAAGUGCCCCCGGAAACGAGCAUAAGAAAUGCAUUACUGGCAGUUAUCCACACUACGAAGGAAGACUUUGUGGCGGCUGGGGAGCAAUGUAGGAUACCUGAUAUCAUCCCAAUCGAAGCCGAAUGGACAGGGUAUCGCGUGGCAGCAGAACGCAACUCGAAGCCGCCAAGCAUCUCAGAGGAAGAAAAGUACGACGAGAUGAUGAAAGAGGUCAAGAGCGAACUUACGGUUCUCUAUUUUCAUGGUGGCGCCUAUUAUCUCUGCGAUCCGUCAACACAUCGUGCAUCAUGCAAGAGGAUAGCCAAAUUAACGAAAGGCCGAGUGUACUCCGUACGAUACCGGCUUGCGCCGCAGCACCCCUUUCCGUCAGCGGUACUGGAUGCGUUGGUAUCAUACUUCACCUUACUAUAUCCGCCGCCUGGGGCCCAUCAUGAGGCGGUAUCAGCGGCUAACAUAGUGAUCAGUGGGGAUAGCGCCGGAGGUAACCUCGGCCUGGCUUUAUUACAGACACUACUUGAGCUGCGAAGGCAGAACACGAAAAUCACAUGGUUCGGGGAGAAAAGAGAGAUUCCUCUACCAGCAGGAGCAGCACUGAAUUCUCCGUGGCUAGACAUGGUACAAUCGUUUCCAUCUUGGAAGUCGAAUCUCAAAUGGGACUACUUGCCAGCACCAAAUCUGCUCGCGGAUAAGAAAACACCCGCCGACAAUAUUUGGCCAGCUUCACCCCCUCGCAAGCAUCUCUAUGUCGAUGAUGCUUACCUAUUACACCCGCUCGCAAGUUUACAAAUGGUCAAGUCGUGGAAUGGAUCGCCCCCGAUAUAUGUGUGCACGGGCUGGGAAUGCUUGGCAGAUGAAGACAAAUACUUGGUCUCCAGGUUGACGAAAGAAGGGGUAACGGUUGUCUUUGAGGAGUAUGAGGCCAUGCCACACGUUUUCGCGCCCAUUCUUGGCCAUACUCCCGAGGCAAAGAGAUGUUUUGAUGGCUGGACCAAAUUCAUGUCUGCGGUGGUUGAGAACCCCGAGAGUCUCAAAUCGAGCUAUACUCGCAUUAAAGCUAAGACGUGCGAGGAAUCAGAGAUCGAUGCCGAUACAGUUAGCUCUCUCACUGAUGAGCAAAUCAUGAAGUUGGCCUACAACAUGGUUGGAAGGAGGCGAAACAGCAUACCGGAAGUGCCAGCAAAGCUAUGA